AGAAGAUCUAGAAUCACUGGCCUCCAGUGUGCCCAGUGAGCUGCAGGAGGACGCAGGGACCACAGGGCUGUCACAGGCACUGACGGAGCAGGGUUUCCCUCCUGGUGGUGCUGACCUGUCUGACUGCCGAGAGCUGAUCAGAAGUGCCACCUCCCUGUCUGCCGAGCCUGAGGCCGAGUCUGUUCUGGAUGGAGCGGGAGGCCUGUCCCCAAGGGCCUUGGAGUGGAGACUUGAGCCCCUGCGUGUCACAGGUGCAAGCUGCAAACACACAGCUGCAGCCAAGCGCCCUGGUGACUGACUGUCUGCAGCUCCAGCUGGACCAGCAGUGGGGUCGUGGCUGUGGCUUUGCCACAUGGAGCCUCCCCUGCGACCCCUGGAUCCUCGCAGCCAGCGCUGACUCUGGGCACCAGUGGCUGCUCCUCCCAGUUCUUGGAUUCCCAGGAGCCCAGCCAAGACUCCCUGCACUGGCCCAGACGGUCUCUCCCCUGCUCGCUGGCCCGAGUGCCCUGAAACCGAGGAUGAGCGAGAGAAAGUUGCUGUUCAGCAAGUGGAGAGUCACGUGCAGUUUCUCAGGCCUGCAGCUGCGGGUGCAGAGCCGCUGUAACCUCCGUCUGGUCUCGAUGGUCAAGUUGAUCAUUGACUUUGCAAGGCCAGCCAGGUCCCUGGAAUGCGCCUGCCAGGACUCAAGAGUUUUCCUUCUUUUCCAUCCUUGGCGACCUGUAGCUCCCUAGGAGCAGCCCCUGCUGUGACUCCCUCCAACCUCUGAAUGAGAACAGUUAAAAGUGAGCACAUUUAUUGCUCAUGGCAAAAAGUAACUUAGAACCUGGUCCCAGGCAGGAGACCUGCAGUGGCCUUGUCAGCUUUGUGUUCAGCCCCAGAGGU